AUGUGCCCCCCAGUCAGCAUGCGGUGUGAGGCGGAGGGCAUGUCCUACCUCCACACGUCCUGGAGGUAUCAGCUUCAACAUGGCAGCCAGCUAAGGGUCUGCUUCGCUUGCUUCAAGUCUGCCUUUCUGGUCCUGAGACAGUUGCUGGAGUUGCAAGACUGGGAAGAUGAAGAUUGGGACCCCGAGCUGAUGGACCACACUGAGGCAGGGUCUGAGCAGGGGGCAUCCCUGGGGAUGGGACCAAGCUGGGGGCAGGGCCAAGGGCAGCCUGCACAGGGUGGGUCUGUGGACUGGGGGUUGGGCACCCUGGCGUCAGGCCCCGUGGAGUCAGAAGGGGGGGACCUGGACGAUCACUUUGUGCCCACCGAGCUGGAUCCUCAGGAUGCCACACCCCUGGGCCUGGGUGCUGAGGAUGCUGACUGGACCCAAAGCCUUCCCUGGAGAUUUGGGGGACUCCUUUCCUGCCCACACUGGCCAAGCCCUUCUCCAUGGCAGAGGUUUUUCAAAGUGGACCUGAUCCCGGCGGGAGCCCAUGGUAUUGGAGCUGGGCAGCACCCGGGCCACGGACCCUGUUGA